AGCGGGCGGAAGGAAGCCGAGCGGCCGGGCUGCCACCGUGUCCUAAGCCGAGCCUUCGCCGCCGCCGGAGCUUCGCGGGGCCCCGAGUCCGCGCCGCCCGCCCUCCCCGCCGCCCGCCACGUCCCAGCGCCCGCCGGAGCCGCCUUCCCCGCCCGUCCGCGCACACCUGAAGCGGCCGGGCCGGGCCCCGCCUCGGCGCUCUGCUCGUCCUCCGCGGCCCGCACCGGCCUUCACUCUGGAGCGGCCCCGGCAGCCGCAGCAGGGGCGGCGGCGGCGCAUCGAAGAGCUCUCCAGGUCGUCCCGGGAGAGGCUGCUGCAGUCCCGGGACAGGAUGUUCUCCAAGUUCACCUCCAUCCUGCAGCACGCCGUGGAGGCGCUUGCACCUUCUCUUCCUUUACAAGAAGACUUUGUUUAUCACUGGAAGGCAAUUACCCAUUACUACAUAGAGACUUCGGACGAUAAAGCCCCAGUGACUGAUACGAACAUUCCAUCCCAUCUGGAACAGAUGUUAGACAUACUGGUUCAAGAAGAAGAUGAGCGGGAAUCUGGAGAGACAGGGCCAUGUAUGGAAUACUUGCUCCAUCACAAGAUCUUGGAAACACUAUACACCUUAGGGAAAGCUGAUUGUCCUCCAGGAAUGAAGCAGCAGGUUUUGGUGUUCUAUACUAAACUUCUGGGAAGAAUCCGGCAGCCGCUACUACCGCACAUUAAUGUGCACCGGCCGGUGCAGAAAUUAAUUCGACUCUGUGGUGAAGUCCUUGCAACACCGACGGAAAAUGAAGAGAUUCAGUUUCUCUGUAUUGUGUGUGCAAAACUGAAACAGAAUCCCUACUUGGUUAAUUUUUUCCUGGAGAAUAAGUUGAAAUCAUUGGCUUCCAAAGGAGCACCAGGUGUAAUUUCAGAAGACACAUUAAAAGGUCAAGAUUCCUUGUCCACAGAUACGGGACAGUCCUGUCAGCCAGAGGAGCUGUCUGCUGCUGCUGGGAUGGAGCAAACAGAGCUAGAAGAUGAGCCUCCUCAUCAGAUAGACGGCCUGUCUUCAAGCUUGGGUCACCUCAGUGUCACUUCACUGUCAGAGGCCUCAGUUGUUCGUCCAAACCAAGAUUACAAUUUAGUGAAUUCUUUGUUAAAUCUUACUAGAAGUCCUGAUGGCCGGAUAGCUGUGAAAGCAUGUGAGGGCCUGAUGCUGUUAGUGAGUCUGCCAGAGCCUGCGGCCGCGAAGUGCCUCACUCAGAGCACCUGCCUGUGCGAGCUGCUCACAGACAGACUCGCCUCCCUGUACAAGGCCCUACCUCCGUCGGUGGAUCCGUUAGACAUUGAAACAGUGGAAGCAGUUAACUGGGGCUUGGAUUCAUAUAGUCAUAAAGAAGAUGCUUCAGCAUUCCCAGGGAAACGAGCCUUAAUUUCAUUUCUUUCCUGGUUUGAUUAUUGCGAUCAACUCAUUAAGGAAGCACAAAAGACUGCUGCUGUUGCUCUUGCCAAAGCUGUGCAUGAAAGAUUUUUCGUUGGUGUUAUGGAACCUCAGCUAAUGCAAACUUCUGAGAUGGGCAUUCUGACGUCAACUGCUCUGCUUCACCGCAUUGUUCGUCAAGUAACCUCUGACGUUUUGCUUCAAGAAAUGGUGUUUUUUAUCCUUGGAGAACAGAGAGAACCAGAGACUCUGGCAGAAAUAAGCAGACACCCUUUAAGAUACAGGUUAAUCGAACAUUGCGAUCACAUCUCUGACGAGAUAAGCAUAAUGACAUUAAGAAUGUUUGAGCAUCUUUUACAAAAACCCAAUGAGCACAUUCUUUACAACUUGGUCCUAAGAAAUCUUGAAGAAAGAAAUUAUACAGAAUAUAAACCUUUGUGCCCAGAAGAUAAAGAUGUGGUAGAGAAUGGAUUGAUAGCAGGAGCAGUGGAUCUGGAAGAAGAUCCAUUAUUUACUGACAUUUCACCAGAUAACACUUUGUCAAACCAAGAGUGGCUUAGUUCUUCACCUCCUGCUACUCCAGACCACCCUAAAAAUGAUGGGAAAACUGAAGUCCAUAAAAUUGUAAAUAGUUUUCUCUGUCUGGUACCGGAUGAAGCAAAGUCAUCCUACCAUGUUGAGGGCACUGGAUAUGACACCUACCUCCGAGAUGCUCAUAGGCAGUUCCGGGACUACUGUGCUAUCUGCUUAAGAUGGGAGUGGCCUGGGUCUCCAAAAGCAUUGGAAAAGUGUAAUUUAGAAGCAGCUUUCUUUGAAGGUCAUUUUUUGAAAGUUUUAUUUGACAGAAUGGGACGAAUUCUUGAUCAGCCAUAUGAUGUAAAUUUACAAGUAACCUCGGUGUUAUCUAGACUUUCUCUCUUCCCUCAUCCACACAUACAUGAGUACCUUUUGGAUCCUUAUGUGAACCUUGCUUCAGGCUGUAGAUCUCUCUUCUCAGUAAUCGUCAGGGUUGUUGGGGACCUUAUGGUUCGAAUCCAGCGUAUUCAAGACUUUACUCCCAAACUUCUAUUAGUGAGAAAGCGAUUACUUGGUUUAGAACCUGAAGGCCCUAUUAUUGACCACAUCACGUUGCUAGAGGGUGUGAUUGUGUUAGAAGAGUUCUGUAAGGAGCUGGCAGCAAUUGCAUUUGUGAAAUACCACGCUUCUUCCACCCCAUAAGUAAUGUCUGCCAGGUAAUGAGAGGAACAGAACUGUUGUGUACAUUUCAUCAAAAAAGACUCCGUUCUACCCAACCAAGAGAGGAUAAAAAGCCUUUUUUAAUGAAGUAUUGUUGUAACUGGACACAGAACCAUUAAGAACACUCUCAGUGUCUCCGUGGACACAGUCAAAUGUUGUAUAAUGUUGUUUUCAUCGGUUUUAUCGUAAUGGUUCUAUAUAUAAAAUUGCACGUUGAUGAAUUACGAUACAAUCAAAGGAACUUCAGGAAAUAAGCAUUUCUAAUGACUGUGAAAAGCUGCAAAAUUUCUGAUGUCAUGACUUUGAUGAUAUUUCUGUUAUUUUAAUAUCCAUUAAGGUAGCAAGGCAUUUUGACAUUCUCUGGGACUCAAAUGCUUAUAUUCUUUUGGAUUAAUAAGUAGUUUAAAAAAAUCACUAAUUUUAUAACUUUUUAAGGUCAGAAUUCUUAUCAAACAAAAUAUGAAAAAAAAAUGUAAAUGAAAAAAAAAUACAGUUCCGGAACCAUCAAAUGAAUUGAGUUAA